ACGCACCCAACAACUGAGCCCCGGACAUUGAGGUCGAGCCUCAACUCCCCGCCUCCUUCGACCCAAUCCUCGAACCCCAAAAACACCGCCGCCGCCACCUAAUCCCUAAAAUUACCAAAACACCCCCAACCCAUAAUAAAUAAAAAUAAAAUAAAAAAAAGAUGCUUAACCCAAUGCUAUUAUUGCACAAAUUACCAUCAGUGCCCUCGUCCUCACUCUCUCUCUUACAGCAACAGUUCUCGCUUCUUGUUAGACCCGAAAGAAUCAACCAAACGCGAAGACCAAGAAAAUCAGACUCGAACAGAAGAAGUAGUAGUAGUAAAAGGCCAGGUACUAGCGGCAGCGGUGGUGUUACUGGAAGUUUUAGGGUUACGGCAAUGCCUGGUUCUUCAUUCGGUGCUGACGAUAAUGGUUCGCUUCGUAAAUUCAAACUGAACGAGUCAACGUUUUUGGCUUCACUCAUGCCUAAGAAGGAGAUUGGUGCCGAUCGCUUCCUUGAGGCUCACCCUGAAAACGAUGGACGUGGUGUUGUCAUCGCUAUCUUUGAUUCUGGAGUAGACCCUGCGGCUGAUGGAUUGCAAGUUACCUCCGACGGAAAGCGGAAAAUUAUAGAUGUCAUUGAUUGUACUGGUAGUGGAGAUAUUGAUACGUCUAAGGUUGUUAAGACUGCUGAAGAUGAACGUAUUAUCCGUGGAGCUUCAGGAGCUUCCCUGGUUGUCAAUUUUAUGUGGAGUAAUCCCACUGGUGAAUGGCACGUGGGUUAUAAAUACGCAUAUGAGUUGUUUACAGAUAAAUUGACUUCUCGAUUGAAGAAGGAAAGAAAGAAAAAAUGGGAGGAACAAAAUCAGGAAGAAAUUGCUAAUGCUGUUAAGCAACUUGAUGAAUUUGAACAGAAACACUGUAAACUUGAGGAUGCAAACAUUAAGAGAGUUCGUGAAGACCUUCAAAAUAGAGUUGAUUAUUUACGAAAGCAAGCUGAUAGCUAUGAUGACAAAGGGCCUGUCAUAGAUGCUGUUGUCUGGCAUGAUGGAGAAUAUUGGGUGGCUGCCUUAGACACACAAAGUCUUGAUGAUGACCCAGAUAGUGGAAAACUUGCUGACUUUUUGCCCUUAGCAAAUUAUAGGGUUCAACGAGAGUAUGCUGUGCUCAGCAAGUUAGAUGCCUGUACAGUCGUUCUUAAUGUGUAUGAUGAGGGAAAUGUUUUAAGUAUUGUAACAGACAGCUCCCCUCACGGCACUCACGUUGCUGGUAUUGCUAGUGCUUUCCAUCCAAAGGAACCCUUGUUGAAUGGAGUUGCACCAGGGGCACAACUGAUAUCUUGUAAAAUUGGAGAUUCACGCUUAGGUUCAAUGGAGACAGGAACCGGUCUAACACGAGCUAUUAUAGCUGCUAUAGAGAACAAAUGUGAUCUUAUCAACAUGAGUUAUGGAGAACCUUCUUUGCUGCCAGACUAUGGCCGCUUUGUUGACCUUGUUAAUGAAGUCGUAAACAAGCACCGAUUGAUAUUUGUGAGUAGUGCUGGUAACAGUGGUCCAGCUUUGAGCACUGUUGGAGCACCUGGUGGUACUACUUCAACCAUCAUAGGAGUUGGGGCAUAUGUCUCCCCAGCUAUGGCUGCUGGUGCUCAUGGUGUUGUUGAAGCCCCAUCUGAAGGGCUUGAAUAUACUUGGUCCAGCCGAGGACCAACUGCUGAUGGAGAUCUUGGUGUUUCUAUAAGUGCUCCUGGUGGUGCUGUUGCUCCUGUUCCUACGUGGACUCUCCAAAGUCGUAUGCUCAUGAAUGGAACAUCAAUGGCAUCACCAUCUGCCUGUGGGGGUGUUGCGUUGCUUUUAAGUGCAAUGAAGGCUGAGGGAAUUCAGGUGAGUCCCUACAGUGUGAGGAAAGCUCUUGAGAACACAUGUGUUCCUGUAGGCAGUGUACCCGAGGAUAAGUUGUCCACUGGGCAUGGACUUAUGCAAGUUGACAAGGCACAUGAAUAUUUACAACAGUCCAAGGAUGUACCAUGCGUUUGGUAUCAAAUAAAAGUCACUCAAUCUGGAAAAACAACUCCUGUAUCACGAGGCAUCUACCUCAGAGAGCCUAGUUCUUGCCAACAAUCUAGUGAGUGGACAGUUCUUGUUGAGCCAAAAUUUCAUGAAGAUGCAAGCAAUUUGGAUGAUUUGGUUCCCUUUGAGGAGUGUAUUGAGUUACAUUCAAGUGAUCAAGCAGUUGUAAGGACUUCAGAGUAUCUCCUUCUUACACAUAAUGGACGGACCAUUAGUGUAGUAGUGGAUCCAACCAAUCUUAGUGAAGGACUGCACUAUCAUGAAAUUUACGGUAUUGAUUGUAAAGCUCCCUGGCGUGGUCCUCUUUUCAGAAUACCAAUUACUAUUAUUAAGCCCAUCGCUGUAUUGAAUCGACCUCCAUUGGUCACAUUUUCUGGGAUGUCUUUUCUACCAGGCCACAUUGAGAGAAGAUUUUUAGAGGUGCCUCUUGGUGCCACUUGGGUCGAAGCAACCAUGCAAACCUCAGGAUUCGAUACAGUUCGUAGAUUUUUUGUUGACACUGUUCAGCUCUGUCCUCUGCAAAGGCCUAAUAAGUGGGAGAGUGUUGUCACAUUUUCUUCUCCUUCUACCAAGAGCUUUUCCUUUCCUGUUGUUGGUGGCCAGACAAUGGAAUUAGCUAUAGCGCAGUUUUGGUCCAGUGGCAUAGGAAGCCAUGAAAAAACUAUUGUAGAUUUUGAGAUUGCAUUUCAUGGAAUUAAUAUAAAUAAAGACGAAGUACUACUUGAUGGAAGUGAAGCACCAGUAAGAAUUGAUGCCGAAGCUCUAAUGGCAUCUGAGAAACUUGCACCUGCUGCUAUUCUAAACAAGGUCAGAAUUCCUUACCGUCCUGUUGAGGCUAAAAUUUCUACUCUUACAACAGAUCGUGACAAACUACCCUCAGGCAAACAAACCCUAGCACUGAAAUUAACGUACAAGUUUAAACUGGAAGAUGGAGCUGAAAUAAACCCUUUCAUUCCAUUACUUAACAACCGCAUAUAUGACACUAAGUUUGAGUCUCAGUUUUAUAUGAUUUCUGACACAAACAAGCGUGUAUAUGCAAUGGGUGAUGUUUACCCAGAUCGCUCGAAACUUCCCAAGGGAGAAUACAUCUUACAGCUUUAUUUAAGACAUGACAAUGUGCAGUAUCUGGAAAAGUUGAAGCAGUUAGUGCUAUUCAUUGAAAGAAAGUUGGAAGAGAAGGAUGUAGUACGAUUGAGCUUUUUCUCUCAACCAGACGGUACUGUGAUGGGAAAUGGCAGUUACAAGUCAUCACUUUUAGUUCCUGGGAUAAAAGAAGCAUUUUAUGUGGGCCCACCAUCUAAAGACAAGCUUCCAAAGAAUUGUCAGCACGGUUCUGUACUUUGUGGAGCAAUCUCAUAUGGAAAGCUAUCCUAUCAUGGGGACGGGGAUGGAAAAAAUCCACAAAAGAACCCUGCGUCUUAUAAAAUUUCUUAUAUAGUGCCACCAAAUAAGCUAGAUGAGGACAAAGGGAAAGUUUCUGCUCCAACUUGUACAAAAUCUGUCUCUGAACGUAUAGAAGAGGAGGUUCGAGAUGUAAAGGUAAAACUUCUUGCAAGCCUAAAGCAAGAUACCGAUGAAGAAUACUCAGAGUGGGAAAGUUUGUCUCUCUCGUUGAAGUCCGAAUAUCCAAACUACACCCCACUUCUUGCUAAAAUAUUGGAAGGUUUGCUUUCUCGAAACAACAUUCAGGACAAAAUAAGCCAUAACGAAAAGGUCAUUGAUGCAGCAAAUGAGGUAGUUGAUAGCAUUGACAAAGAUGAGUUGAUAAAAUUCUUGGCGCUUAAGAUUGAUCCAGAAGAUGAUGAAGCAGAGAAACUCAAAAAGAAAAUGGAGACGACUCGUGAUCAGUUAGCAGAAGCACUCUAUCAGAAAGGAUUGGCAUUAGCAGCUAUUGAAUCUUUAGAGGCUGAGAAGAACAAAGAAGCUGAUACAAAGGAUGCGGACAAGUCGGCUGAUCCUUCUGAAAAGGACUCUGAUACAAAAGAUGUGGACAAGUCGGCUGAUCCCUCUGAAAAGGACUCUUGUUCGGGCCAUCCUGACAUGUUUGAAGAGAACUUUAAAGAGCUGAAGAAAUGGGUUGAUGUGAAGUCCUCUAAAUAUGGAACCCUCUUAGUAAUACGUGAGAGACGUUGCGGAAGGCUUGGAACAGCGCUAAAGGCUGCGACUGAUUUGAUUCAAGAGGAUGGGGAACCUCCCAAGAAGAAGCUUUAUGACUUGAAGAUUUCUUUGCUGGAGGAGAUCGGGUGGAAUCACUUGGUGAAAUACGAGAAAGAGUGGUUGAACGUGCGCUUUCCACCAAAUCUGCCUCUGUUUUGAAGGUUUGCCUCAUUUUCUUUUUGAGUCACACACCAUUGAAUAAGUGGCUCAGGUGUUAGGCUCUAUAUUCCAAGUGUUGAUUUCUACUAGGAUAGUUGAUUUGCUUUACAUUGUCCUAAUUUGUCAAUUACAUAAAAGUGGCCUGAUGCUAUGAUGCCAGGAUGCUAAUGACAAGUUCAUGAUUCCAAGGAAAAUAAAUAUUUUCAGUUUCUAUUGGUUGCUAGAGAAUCGAGCUCAACACUAAUCUGUACACUAAGUCUAUGCUUAUGAUUUCAUUUGUUUUUGCACUGAAUGAAAAGUUGAAAACAGAACAAGCUCAAUGAUUUACAAGACCCUAUUAAUAAAUAAAAGAUGUUAAAUAAGGGAAGCAAGUUCAAUC